GCCGACGACUAAAUAACCAUUAUGGCGCUCAGUCCCGAAAAUCUGCGCUAGAUUUUUCAGACGACCGACCGAAAUUUGCCCAUGCCAUCAUGACUACGACGUCGGUUCCAACAUUAAUGCGAAAGAAUGACCAGCCCACGUAUGAAGAGAAAUGGCCCGACAUGCGCCCGACAAUUCUGAAACUUUUGAAUCAGGAGACGGUCACGCAACAAGAGUACCAUGACCUUUUCUACAGCGUCUACGCCGUGUGUCAGUGGGACGACAAGGGCACAAACAAAAUCAAAGAUUCUCUUCAAGAGGACAUAAUUGAUUUCAUACAAAAGGCGCAGCUGAGAGUUUUGGCCCACAAAGAGGACGAGGCCCUGUUGAAGGCGUACAUCGUCGAGUGGAGACGUUUCCUGACCCAGAGCAGCUACUUGCCGGCGCCUUUCAAGCACCUCGAAGCCGCCCUUCUCAAGCAGCCAACAAACAACGGCAAAAAGCCACACCACGACGAACACAUCAUUCGCAAACUGAUGCUGGAUUCGUGGAACUUGAGUAUUUUCUCAAACAUCAAGCAGCGUCUUCAAGAUUCGGCGAUGAAACUGGUCCAGUCGGAAAGGAACGGCGAAGCUUUUGAUUCUCAACUUGUGAUCGGUGUUCGCGAGUCUUACGUGAAUCUCUGCUCCAAUUUUGAGGACAAGCUGCAGAUUUACAGAGAGAACUUUGAAAGGGCGUAUAUGGAGUCGACAGAGACCUUCUACAAGGUCACGUGUGCCCAGUACCUUGGCAGCAACGGAGUGCAGAACUACAUGCGGUACGCCGAGCUGAAGCUGAGGGAGGAGGAAGUUCGGGCCAAAAAAUACCUCGAGUGUGACGAAUCUGUCCGAGUGUUAGUGAAUACCUGCGUCAACACAAUUGUUACACAUUUCAAAACCACAAUCUUAGCAGAGUGUCCCAAGAUGUUGAUCAAGGCCAACGAGACCGACAAAGUGUCGGUAAUGUCGGCCAUCAACGAGUUGAAACUCAUGUUCAAGCUGAUGGACCGUGUACACGAAGGGGUCACUCCGAUGCUGAGCGACCUGGAGCAGCACAUUGUGUCCUCUGGCCUUGCGGACAUGUUUGCUUCUGCCGAGCAGGUCACACAAGACUCUGAAAAGUACGUGGAGCACCUCUUGGAUCUGUUCACGAGAUUCAGCACCCUGGUGACGGACGCUUUUGGCGACGACCCCAGAUUCCUCACGGUCCGAGACAAAGCCUUCAAGCGUGUUGUGAACGACACUCAAGUGUUCAAACUGGACUUGCCGUCUAAGCAGAGCGGAGUUGUCAAAACCCAGCCUGAGUCAAAGUGUCCGGAAUUGCUGGCCAAUUACUGCGACAUGCUGCUCAGGAGGACUCCUUUGAGCAAACGACUGACUUCGGACGAAAUUGAGGCCAAACUCAGAGAUGUGCUGCUGGUGUUGAAGUACAUUCAAAACAAGGAUGUCUUCAUGAGGUACCACAAGGCUCACUUGACCAGAAGAUUGAUUCUCGACACCUCGGCUGAUUCUGACAAGGAGGAAAGCAUGGUCGAAUGGCUAAGGGAGGUGGGUAUGCCUGCAGACUUUGUCAACAAACUGGCUCGAAUGUUUCAAGACAUCAAAGUCAGCGAAGAUUUGAAUUCGCAGUUCAAAGACGAGUACAGAGCGUCCAAGGGCAGUUUGGCAGAUUCUAUUAGUAUUAAAAUCCUGAACGCUGGUGCCUGGGCCAGGGGUAGUGAGAGGGUGGCCGUGUCGCUGCCACUGGAACUGGAGGACUACAUUCCAGAGGUGGAGGACUUUUACAAAAAGAAACACAGUGGCCGUAAACUGCAGUGGUACCACCACAUGUCCAAUGGAACUAUAACAUUUUCAAAUGAUGUCGGCUGUUUUGAUCUCGACGUCACCACUUUUCAAAUGGCUGUUCUGUUUGCGUGGAACCAACGUUCUCAUGACCACAUUACCUACGAGAACCUGAGACUUGCAACUGAAUUGCCUGAUCCUGAACUGAAAAGAACUCUCUGGUCUCUUGUCGCAUUCCCGAAAUUGAAGAAGCAAGUUUUAGUCUACGAGCCUGCAGUCACUUCAGCCAAAGACUUUGAUUUAGGCACAACCUUUUGGAUCAACCAAGACUUCUGUCUUGUAAAAAGCAAUAAGUCGCAGAAGAGAGGAAAGAUCAAUUUGAUUGGCCGGCUGCAGUUGUCGACCGAAAGAAGUCGGGAGGAGGACAACGAAGGCAUUGUGCAGCUCAGGAUUUUGAGAGUCCAAGAGGCGAUCAUCAAGAUUCUCAAGAUGAGGAAGAAAAUCACAAAUGCUCAACUGCAGGUCGAACUGGUCGACAUUCUCAAGAACAUGUUCCUGCCCACGAAGAAGAUGAUCAAAGAGCAGGUGGAGUGGCUGAUCGAGCACAAGUAUCUGCGGAGGGACGACAACGACCUCAACGUCUUCUACUACAUUUCGUAAGCUUUUGAUAUAAGUUAGGUAGGCUUGGAUUUGUCCUGUUUGAAUGUUUCUGGUAGCUUGUAUCAAGCGUACCACUGAUUACGUAUUUGUAAUAAAAAUGAUUUGCAACUUAAGCAAAAUAGUGAUUAACAAGCAAAUAUUGAUUUCCAUCUUAAUUUCAUACCAAGUAAAAAGAGCAUAAAUUUAUAAGUUGAAUUUUGCCAAACAAGACGGACAGGCAUCAGGCAGCUUAAAGAAUUUGGGCUGUUUCUUUCUUCUUGAAACUUGGAGGAGGCCUUGUCCGCUACAGCUUAUUCCUGAUUAACAGAAGCAGUGGGAAAUUGAGUUUGUUGUGCAAAAAGAAAACAAUUAUUCAGCAUCUCUCAAGGAAAAGUAUAAAUUUAG